AUGUAUUCCUUGGGUGCUGCAAGUUGCGAGUUGCGACCAGGAAGCACAAACUUCCCCCUUUCAUGGGCAUACGGAGUAGACAAGGCCCGUGGUUCGGCUCGUCAACUUAACCUCAAGGCUGUCACCGUUGUUUUUAUCAUCAUCUUCUCGGAACAUUUCCUAACAGUGUCCCGUCCCGAGUACUUGGAAUCCAAGCGCCUCAACGCCGGCAGAUUCUACGGAUACAUCUGGAGAGACAACAAGACGCCCGCUCGUGUCACUCGCUGCCAUCCCAUCUCAGAUAAUGGCUGUGAUGGGAAGUCUAGCCAAACCGCUCAGCAUCUCAGCAACAAGAAUGAAGAAACCCAUCAAACUGCAAACGAUCGUGCCAGCGUUGGCAAGGGAGAGCCAUGUCUCGAGAUACCAUGUGCCGAUACACGCUUGUUGGCAGACUGUCUCACGGCUAUCGACUCGUGUUUCAACCCACUUUGUUCUACACAGUCACUUCCUCAGCUUCUUGAAGACACCUCGCAGGCUCACAGUCAGCGACUGGGCGUCGGUGUGGUGGCUUUCUCACCAUCAGGCUUGUGCAGUGGGGGCGAGAGCAGCGCAACUCCAUCGCUCCCUGACCCAGAAACCACGUCGGCUACUGGCGAUGCCAGCGUUUGCGAAAUGAAAGAUGGUCCCAGCGCUGCCUCUACCUUGCGUGGCACGGACAAGGUCUAGCCACUUCGUCGGAUUGUUCCCAAGGAUGAACGCGCCGUUUGGACGAUCUACCCAAUGACAGCUCGCCUUCAUUCCGACCCCAUCAUAUCUCAAUUAGGUCGC